CAGUGUGACGAGUACCAUUGACUGGAGAGGAAGUGCGACGAGCUGCCUAAUAUGUCAACCAUAACGCGUCUGCUGGUGCUGCUGCUGGCCAUUGGCGGCGGCAUGCUCUAUAAGCGUCUGAAUCAGCUGUGGGGCGAUCUGCCGGCGCCCACGCUGGAUCCACAGCAAUGGUGGGGCGAUGAGGAGCAGCCCAAAGAUUAUGACGCCUAUCUGGCCAACAGUUCUGAGGUGGUGGGCAAUCGUCUCAUGUACCCAGAGACGACCAUUGAGGCUUUGGCUAAGCAAUUGAAUCGCACGCUACGCCUUACACCGCCCCUUGAGGGCGUGGCCUUUGAAUAUGGUUUCAAUAGCGACUAUCUGAAGGAACUGAUCGCCUAUUGGCGCGACGAUUAUUUGCCGCGUUGGCGCGAACGUGAGGUCUUCCUGUGGCAAUUCAAUCACUUUACCACCGAAAUUCAAGGUCUACGCAUGCAUUUUCUGAACCUGAUGGUCUACGAUGAGAACAAGGUGGGCAAGAACCAUUAUCCGGUGCUGCUGCUGCACGGCUGGCCGGGCUCGGUGCGUGAGUUCUACGACCUGAUACACAUGCUGCAUCAAAGUCAUUUGGAUCCCAAUAACAAGUACAUAUUCAACGUGAUUGUGCCCAGCUUGCCGGGCUAUGGCUGGUCUCAGGGCACUUCAAAGCCAGGCCUGGGCCCGGCUCAGAUGGCUGUUAUGCUGCGCAACCUGAUGCUGCGUCUGGGCUAUGACAAGUUCUUUAUACAGGGCGGCGAUUGGGGCUCCGUGCUGGGCUCGCACAUAGCGACGCUCUAUCCGGAAAAUGUGCUCGGCUAUCACUCGAAUAUGUGCAACAAUUUGAGUCCCAGAUCGCAGGUGAAGGGUUUGCUGGCGGGCAUCUGGCCAGGCCUGUUUGUGCCCAGUGGCUUUGAGGAUUUCUUCUUUCCCAAAUCUCGCGAGCUCAGCUAUUUAAUGGAGGAGAGCGGCUAUUUCCAUCUGCAGGCCACAAAGCCCGACACUGUUGGCGCCGCGCUCACCGACAAUCCUGUCGGACUGGCCGCCUACAUACUCGAAAAGUUCUCCACGUGGACCAAUGCCAGCUACCGUUCGCUGCCCGACGGCGGACUCAAGCAGCGCUACAAGCUGGACGCUCUGUUUGAUAAUGUGAUGAUCUACUAUUUGACCAACUCCAUAACGACAUCACAGCGCCUCUACGCAGAGGCCUAUACCAAGGAGCAGCGGCAACUGCAGCUGGAACGUGUGCCGACGUUUGUGCCCACGGGCUGUGCCCGUUUCAAGGGUGAUAUUAUGCAGUUUCUGGAUCUGCAGCUGCGGGACAAGUAUAAGAAUUUAAUACACAGCACCUACUACCAAAGGGGUGGACAUUUUGCGGCCCUGGAGCUGCCCAAGGUCUUGUACAAAGAUUUCAUCGAAUUUGUUAAGAAAGUUGAGCGCAAAUUUAAUAUAAAAUCUUUGUAAGCUACAAAUAAAAUUUGAAUAACCGA